GCAUAUCAACCGAAAGCGACGGCCAUACGCGAUCGGCGUGUACAACACGAGGUGGUCGGAGAGGCGUUCACCAAAAGGCGAUCUGAGCCGCUCGAGCCACUCGCUGCCACUCGUCGAGAUCCGGUGGCAUCUUGCCGCUGCCUCGUUCCGUAUUACUUCAAGAUACAUAAAACAUAGCCGAGAGGCAGGGCGUCCCCUCCGAGCCGAUACCCAAUCUUCGUACCCCUUACUGUGCUGCCACGUUCUCUCUCGCGUACCGUCUUGUCCUCUGCGCUCACUAUGCCGGUCGCUAUCCCAAGCCGCAGGUAUUUCAGUGCGUUAGAACUCGAGCCCGAUCAUGUCGGGGAAGAGGAAAUCAGAGCUGCGUACAAGAGACUUGCUUUGAAAUGGCACCCGGACCGUCAUGCCAACGACAAGGACGAGGCGCAACAAAAGUUCAUCGAGGUCAACGAGGCCUAUACCGUCUUGCUGGAGUACUAUCAGCAUAGGAAACGAGGCAGCCCUCACCCUGAAAAGCGUCCUCGUCAGGAGCAUUCCCGCCCAGCACCGGACGCAGGCGCCUCCCCUCAUGAACACAGAAGCGAGGACGCCCAGUCAUCGCACUCACGCACCCAUAACGAAUCAGACGCUCAUUCAACGCGGUCAAGUUCACAUACCUCCUAUACAACUCCGCCUUCGUCACCGAAGAGCUCAACACGAAACAAGCUACACAAGGACCGGCCGCGCCAAGACGAUGCGAGUGACGCUGGCCGGCACUCAACUUCAUCACGGUCGGACCUACGUGACGAUGCACGAAGCAGCAGGCAUUCUCAAUCUCAUAGCAAAGAGAGGAGCGAUGUCCGCCCUUCGCCAUCUACUCCCGACGAUCACACACGUACCGAACGCCGUACGAAGGAUGAAGGGCGCAGGCAGCACUCAUCGCGAUCAAAGGACAAUCUCCGUGCGCAAUCUCCGAGUCGUCAAAACAAGGACGCCCAUCCCCAUUCUCCCCAUUCUCCAACGCAUCCUCAUCACAGCGCAGAGGCCUAUUUCACUUGGCCUCGCAAGCGUCAGACCCGCCAACGCUCAGAUGACAGCACCACGUCACAGCGGAGGCCAGGCUUCUUCCCCAAGCGCUCCAAGCUCGACUUGGACCCACCACCCGUGGACGCAGAUUCGACGGCAGGCGCAGACGUGAUCGACUACGACUUCAUCAACCUCGGCACGCCGAUCCCGCCUUUGCGCUCGCCGCACCACCCCUCGGACCACCCGCGGCGGGACAAGGACUGGACGUUCCCCCUGCGGCUCACGCUCGACGACCUCUACCACGCGCGCGCGCACCACUACCGCAUCACGCGCACGCUGCGCAGCGGCGCGACGGAGUCGGUCAAGAUCCCGAUCCCCGUCGACCCCGCCUGGCGCACGGGCACGCGCGUGCUCGUGCCGGGGAUGGGCAACGAGCGCGCGGACGGGUCCUUCCAGGACAUCGUGUUCGUCGUCGAGCAGGAGCACCACCCGCGCUUCAUGCGCCAGGGCGCCGACCUCGUCGCCGCGGUGCAGGUCCCCUGGGAGGAGCGCCCGCCCGGCGCGGGCGACGCGGACCACGCGUACGUGCUCGGGAUGGACGGCGAGGAGUUCGCGCUCCCGAUCCCGCGCACGCUGUCGGAGGGCGCGGACGGCACGCGGAUCGUCGGUGCGGGGAUGCCCGUCAUCAAGGGCGGGCGCAUGGUCGGCAAGGGCGACUUGCUUGUCCGGUGGGAGUUCAUCUUCAAUGAGGGGGAGUACGCGCAGCCCUCGCGGUGGCAGAACCUCCGGAAGGUGAUGGGCUGGCGACCCUGAGUUUGAGCUUGAGGGCGCAUGUAUAUGGUCUGCCGGAUGGACGGUUCGUUUAUGACUGUUAUGAUCAUGACUUCACGGUAGCUAGAUAUCAUUCAUCCUCGUCAUGCAUACGGAACUGGGACCUAUUUCGCAC